AUGGCUUCCCUACGCUCCCUCCUCCGUCCUCUACAACACGUCCGUCCUCUCUCCACCUCCAGAGCUUCCUCUCCUCGACACCUACUCUCCAUCUCCAACCUGACACCAACAGAGUUAUCCACCUUGGUGAACAAUGCUACGGCACACAAGAACUCCAAGCUGCCUUCGACAUGGUCACUGCGCAACGGGCUCUCCAACCAGACGAUCGCCCUGCUAUUCUCUAAACGGUCGACGCGGACGCGGGUUUCGACCGAAAGCGCAGUGGUGGCUAUGGGCGGACACCCAAUGUUUUUAGGGAAGGACGACAUCCAGCUGGGAGUCAACGAGUCACUGUACGAUACGUCGGUAGUGAUAUCUAGCAUGGUGACGGGCAUCGUGGCACGAGUCGGUCCGCACUCGGACAUUGCCAACCUGGCCAAAGACUCGUCUGUCCCCGUAAUCAACGCCCUCUGCGAUACAUACCACCCGAUGCAAAUUAUUGCGGACUUUGCGACAUUAACACAAACGUUUAAUACUCCCGCCGAGAAAUUGAAGGGUUUGCGGAUCGCAUGGGUCGGCGACGCUAACAAUGUCUUGUUCGACAUGUGUAUUGGUGCACGGAAGCUGGGGAUCGAGAUGGCCGUGGCCACGCCUCGUGGGUACGAAAUCCCCGCCAAGAUCAAGAAGGAAAUCGACGCUUCCGGAUCCGGUGUCUUGUUCGAAACAAACAGCCCCGAAGAAGCCGUCAAGGGCGCCAAUGUCAUUGUCACGGACACUUGGAUCUCUAUGGGUCAAGAAGACGAAAAAGCGAAGCGAAUCCUGGCUUUUGAAGGGUACCAGGUUACGGAGGAACUUGCUAGGAAGGGUGGCGCCGCCGAGGACUGGAAGUUCAUGCACUGCCUUCCUCGCCAUCCGGAAGAAGUGAGUGACGAGGUGUUUUACGGCGAGAGGUCGUUGGUCUUCCCGGAGGCCCAAAAUCGAUUAUGGUCGGCCAUUGCUACCCUGGAGGCGUUUGUAGUCAACAAGGGCCAAGUCAAGAAGACGGAGCAAUGA